UUUAUUUUUCUUUGAACAAUUACUCCUCUCUCUUUUCCUACUCUCAUUACAAUGUCUUUGUUACGUUUAUUUACAACUAAAACUGUGUUCAGCUCCAGAAACGCCGUGCGAUCCUUCUCUUCUGCACCAGCUUUAUUUCACGGUAAGAAAGUGUCUCGCGGUGAGGGGCCUUACACUGUGCAUUUCGUUACACCCGAAGGUGAACAAAUUGAUGUCAAAGCAACCGAAGGAGAUACAAUGUUGGAUCUUGCACAGAGAUAUGAUAUUGACCUUGAAUGUGCAUGUGAAGGAUCGUUAGCAUGCUCAACAUGUCAUGUUAUUUGCGACCAGGAACACUUUGAUAAAAUGGAGGAGCCUUCAGACGAAGAGAAUGAUAUGCUUGAUUUAGCAUUUGGAUUGACUGAAACAUCUCGUUUGGGUUGUCAAAUUGAAAUGAAUAAGGAUUUAGAUGAUAUCACAGUUCGCAUUCCUUCAGCGACUAGAAAUUUGAGAGUUGAUGGAUCUAAGCCUACCCAUCAUUAGUUGUCAAAUACAUUGUAGAAAUAAUAAUAAUAAAAAAAAAAAUACACCUGUUUUUAAUCUGAUUACACAAAAUCUUAAUUUUUCAGCCAAUGACAA